GAGAUACUGGUCCAUAUUUACAAUAUGCCCACGCCCGCCUUUGCUCAAUCGAACGUAAUUGUGGUUUUGAACUCAAUCCGGAAAUAGAUGUUUCCCGUCUGAAAGAAAAGCCGGCGAUUGCGCUCAUUGACAUGAUUGCUCAAUACCCUGAUGUCGUUAAGAAUGCUUUACAAACUCUGGAACCUUGUACGAUUGUAACAUAUGCAAUGAAAUUAAGUCAUCAUGUAUCUGUAACGUUAGAAACUCUAUGGGUUAUGGGUGCAGAACGUCAAUUGGCAGAGGCGAGGUUGUUUAUGUAUUGGGCUACCAGAAUAACGCUAGGAAAUUCACUCAAGUUAUUAGGUCUCAAGCCUUUGGAAAGAAU